AUGAAUAUACCCGACCGAACCUACACGCGGUUGCUGUCGGUUUCCCGUAAAAGGUCGUAUGCGAUGGCGUUAAAAGGCGUGAAGAAGAAGAAGAAGAAGAAGAAGAAGAAGAAGAAGAAGAAGAAAGGACAGCCAAGCGCUGGUAUAGCGGGAGCGGGUGUGGUGGGGUUACAAAGGCACAAAAAAGAGAGUAUGUAA